CGGUCGGGCGAGCUGCCGCGCCGCGCCGCGCGCGGCUCGUCGCAAUUUUCAGACAUACCGCGGGAAAAUCUCGCCAAGGUCGCACGUUCGCCCCGGCUUGAGAAGCGCACGGUGAAAAAAGGAUUUGGCGAGUUUCAUUGUCGCCGACGGUCGACCGAUCUAAACUCCGACUAGAAGUUAACCAAAACAAUCCAUUUCAGCACGGAUUAAAAAAAUAAUAUUAUACAGUAACACAUAAUGAGAUGUAUGAAAGAAAGAUUCCGAAGAUCGGCGACGAGAUCGAACGGUAGCGAGUUAUUCCUCAAGAUGGAGUGGAGGGAUCCAGUGAGGAGAACCAAUAAAGAUGGACUCAUAUAUUGUCAUCCAUUGGCCAUAGCUAUACAGGAAGGUUUAAAAGAAAGGUUUUGUACUACAUUCGAAAAAGAAGAAUUGAUAAUUGCCAGCUGUUUACACCCCAAAUUCAAAUUGAGUUGGUUAGCCGGAGAUAAGCGAAAACUUACGCAAACAUAUUUAGAAGAUUUAUUAGGAAUUCCUUCGGCUGAAAAUUCUUUGAUGUCUGAUAAGCACGAUGAUAACGAUGACCUUUUUAAUUUCAAACAGCAAACAUCAAAUGAGAAAUCUGCCUUUGAUGUAUGGCAAAGAUUUUUAAAGUCAACAGUUGUCGGUGUCGUUAGCGGCAUUACGCAAAAGUUUUUCAUACAACAAGAAAGGUUGCGCAAUACUGCUAACGACACCGAGAACUAUCGGUACCGCAAGUACGGAGUGCAGCCCCAGUAG